AUGGCGGCUGCGUCGGCUGCAUCUUCCCCGGCAGACCGGUCCCGCCGUUUAGUCUGCAAGGACUGCCAAAAGGCUUUUACUAAGCCUGAACACUUACGAAGACAUGAACGCAGCCAUACCGGAUCAAAGCCUUUUGUGUGUAAAGAGUGCGGCCGGCCGUUUGCUCGUCAAGAUGCUCUCGCCCGCCAUGGGAAGCUUCACAGCCGCCAGGACAGUGCCAAAUACGCAUCCCCUUCAUCAGUCUCCUCGAUAGAACAACGGGCCCCGACGGAGAUUCCCACUGCCGCCCCGUCAUCAACAUCCACAUGGGACUGCGCCAGCCAGAUGCAGCAGUCUGCUGGUACAGCAGGUCAGAGCUGGGUUGAGUCUCAAUCGAACGGCGCCAAUAGCCGCCAUGUCGGUCUGCAGAGCACACCACUAGCGACCGAUCUCGACCUUGCCUUGAUCUGGCCCGACUCAGAGGAACUGUUCCACUCCAUUAUGUCGUCAGAGGCCGUAGAGCAGUGCCAGGUCCCUCUGGGAACGCUGCCGUUUCCACCCAUCGUCGAUCAGACAUCAAUCACCAAUUUUGGUUCUUCCAGCACGUUUGGUGACCAAAACUCUGUCGGCAGCAUUCCAUCUGGCAAGGGCCAUCAGGCGGUGCGUGAUGUGUCGGAAAUGGUGACCAGCUUGUCGUCCAGUGUCACGGCAGCGGUCAAAUCCAGCUCCAUUACGUCUGUCUUUCUCGACGAAUGUUUACAUAUGUUCUUCGUCCGGUUUGUUCCCACCUUUCCAAUCCUACAUCGUCCAACCUUUGUUUUUCGUGAAUGCACCCAUCCUCUCCUGUUGAACGCCAUCGCCAUCGGAUCGCUGUACUUGGGGCCCAAGGAUGCUAUUGCCAAGGUAGGCAUUGGUGAAGCUCUUUGGCGCUUGGCCCAUACCGCCGUUGCAACAUCUUGGCAGACACUGAUAACACAUCGCGGACCCUACGAUGCUUGCCAAGGUGUCCAGUUGGUGAUUACGGCCCUCCUGGGUCAUGUCUACGGUGCUCUCUCCAAGAACCGGGCAAUCCGCACCACCAGUCAGAUCUUUCGUGGCUUGGGGUUUUUCUGGGCCCGCAAUUGUGGCAUGUUCGAGACGGAACCCGCGCCAGUCGAUCAUCUCCCUUCCCUAAACGCGCCGGCCGCUGAAAAAGAGCAUCACUGGCGGACGUGGGUGUCUCGUGAGAUUCAGCGACGAGCCUUGCUGGCGUAUUACAUCGUGGAUGGGCUGCUGGCACAGUUAUCCGGCGAAGCGACUUCGGUCCGGCACGUUGCGAACCAGCUCACGCUGCCCAGCAGUGACGCGGCCUUUGAAGCGAGCACCGCAGAUGAAUGGCUGGCUUCUAUGCGCACGCAAAGCCCUGACAAUCGAUCUUUUCGCUACAUCUUCCGCCAGAUCUUCCCGACUGGUGGCACGCCUGAUUCGCUAGAACCGGUGACCUCAGCCUUCUCCCUUCGGGUCAUCCUCGAAGGCCUGCAGUCUCUUCUGUCCGACUGCGACGACGACGACGACGACAGCGGGGUCGCUACGGUUGGAGUCCCCGGAAGACCUGAGGUGCGUCGUGCUCUGUUCCAGGUAUUCGAGAACAUCAACACGAGUCUGUCUCUGGCCAAGACAGAACGAUUGGAAAUUCUUCUCCGGUGGCACACCAUCUGUCUCGACGCCGUCACAAGCUCGUCCAUGCUUUUCCGGCACGUGUGCAGCAGCUACAAUGUGGAGCAGCAUGUCUGCAGCGGAGGGGGCAAGGGGAUGCGGCGCGGGUUUGACUUGGGAAAAUGGGCGCAUUCUGGCGAUGGUCGUCGCGCGUUGCUGCAUGCCGUCGCGAUCCAACAGAUCGUGGAGGAAUUGCCUCGGGGACGGGCGCAUGUCAUCCAUAUGCCGGGCUCGCUCUUUGCGGCGGCCAUUGUCUACAUUGUGUUCUCGCUCGCUGGCAACAUUUCGAUCCCCCUGCCUCGAGCGAUUGACUGGGAGGACGUGCUGCUGACGAAAGAGCAGCCGCCGCUUCCGUCGAUGAUGAGCGAGACGGUGAUGCUGAACGAGUCUCCAACAAGUCGAUUUAUCCGUGGGGAGUUGCGAGCUCCUGGAGACACGGGCAGCCGGAUGAAUGUGUUGUACGAACUCAACACGAUCCAGAAGCUUUUCCGAUGUUUGUCAUCGCAGUGGGGGAUUUCUCACGACAUGGAGGCGGUUGUUGACCGGUGCAUUGCGCUGUGUCACUGA